AUGCAGCCGUUCAACCUUGCAAAAGAACGCGAAUUCUACAAAUAUCUACCGCGCGAUCACUCGGUCUAUCCUUUUGCUCCGUUUGAUGAUGCCAGUCAAAAUAUUUUCGUUCCACGGCCAUCUCAAGACCAUGCCUUGACAGCAUUCGCCCAACUGGGCGCUAUCAAGCUAGAUGCGAAACGCGCAAUGAUUUCGCUCUUCGGUCGCACUCACCAGUACGUUCUUGCGGAGGCCACUGGGACCACAUCUCGGGAUAAUCACGACGGCUUAUGGCUAGGAUGUUGUGUCUUGCCGAAGGAGAAGGGCCUUUGUAAAGACGUUGCAAACCUGCCUCUUUCAGAGCCUUCAGACAAUCCGGCUAUUGUUGGGGGUAGCGCAUUUGUGAUGCCGGACGUGAGGAACAAUGAAUGCUUCCAAAACUCCGGUUUGAGCCACAGAUUUUCCGAGGCACGGUUCUAUGCCGGGGUACCCAUAAUCAGUCCCAGGGGAAUCACAAUCGGAUCAUACUGCGUCUUGGACACACAGCCAAGAAAGUCGGGACUCGAAAAGCCAUUGUUAACGUUCAUGGAGGGUAUGGCAAUUACUAUUAUGGAAUACCUGGAUACGGCGCAAUCGAAACACCGAAAUCGCCAGUCAGAAAGAAUGAUUGUUGGUCUGGGGAGCUUUGUUGAAGGCAGGGCCACGCUUCGUAAUUCAUGGGAUGAGGCGCACUUGCAAGACGCUGCGACAGGGCAAUCUGGCGAGACCGUGGAGGGCCAAUUGAACAAACACCAGCAGGAUCUGCAGGAGGCACACGAUUACUCUGGACACCAGAACCUUCCUUACCGCGAACUUGAAACAGACUCUUUGCAGCCUCGUGCCUCUUCGAAAGAUCUUCCCAAUGGCACCAGUUCAGGUGUGACGAUGACAAUGCCCUCGUCGACAGUUACAUCAACUGAGACUCUCUCAGACCCGAAUCAGGAUCGAGGAAAUAAGAAAGACGGGAGGCAGCAACAUAAAACAUCCUUCAGAGCCACUAUUUCGGGUCACGACGUGCCGAAUGAUGUGGUCCCGGCUGCUUUGACAAGCAUAUUUUCACGCGCAGCAAACUUGAUCCGGGAAUCUAUCGAAGUAGAAGGUGUUGCCUUUCUUGAUGCCAGCAUCGAGUCUUUUGGCGGGCUUGUUGAAGACGGAAGUCGCAAAGCGCGCGAGGCGUACGAACGAGACGCGACAUCAAGCAGUGACGGUAGCACCACUGAAUCAGAGACUCCCCCAAGCACCCGAAGGCUUCCUGUCCCGAACAUCGAAAAUGACGAUACCACAAUUUGCCGUACAUUGGGCUCAUCAACGUCAAAAGCCUCCAGUAUUGAUGAUCUCAAGCCAAAUCAUGAUUUCGCAAUGCGCGAGUCAUUGCUGAGGGCCAUCUUGAAUCGGUACCCGCAUGGGAAAAUUUUCAAUUACAACGAAAGUGGUUCGCUUUCCGAUGACAGCACCAGCAGCAGUGGAACCUAUCGCAACUCAGGGAGGACUUCGGGUCCCAAAACAAAACGAAAAAGACGACGACCAAAUCACAGGCAGGAUGCUAAUGAUUUGAUUACGGUCCUUAUAGGCGCCAGAAGCAUCAUCUUCUUACCUCUAUGGGACUCACACAAAUCCAAGUGGUUCUCUGGCGUUCUUGUAUGGACCAUCACUCCAAAACGAGUCUUCACUCCCGAGAGUGAACUCGCAUACCUUCGUGCUUUUGGCAACAGUGUCAUGGCCGAGGUUCACCGCCUGGACAUUGAGAUGGCAGAGAAGGCUAAGACAAAGUUGGUUAGCAGUAUCUCACACGAGCUUCGAAGUCCCCUGCAUGGAAUUUUGGGCACUGCGAACAUAUUAUGCGACACAGCUAUGAACGCUCUUCAGCAGGGAAUGGUUCAUACAAUUGAGUCUUGCGGCCGGACCCUACUGGAUACAAUCAACCAUGUGCUUGACUUCACUUACAUCGAUAAAUUUAAGAAUGAUUCCGCCAAGAAGAAGCAUGCAUACUGUGGAAAGCAACUCGAUGUGCCGGAUCAACCAAAGCCGAAUCUCGAAAGGAAUCCGCCCAGAACCAGUGACAACUCUCAUGCCCCUGUGCAGCUUGACGCUGUUCUCGAAGAGGUGAUGGAGAGUAUGUUUGCCGGACAUAGUUUCUACAAUGACCCUUUGGCACGUUCUCGGGAUGUGGGACCAUCGAAUUCAACCUCUAUACCACCAAAGCCAGUGGCUGUUAUUUUUGACAUCCAAGAGGCCGCCGAGUGGACAGUUCUGACAAAAGCUGGUUGUUGGCGCCGCAUUCUGAUGAAUGUCUUUGGCAAUGCUCUGAAGUACACUCCUUCUGGUUUUAUAUAUGUGGGACUUAAGGUAUCUCCACUACCUCAUUCGGAAUCUGAUGACUGCACUGUUGUGAAGCCCGCCGGUGAUCAUACUAGUCAGUAUCUGGUCACUCUGACAGUCAAGGAUACUGGGAAGGGCAUCGAUGUGAAUUAUCUGCGAAACGACUUAUUCACUCCUUUCUCACAAGAGGAUGCCCUCGCUCCUGGAAGUGGCCUAGGACUGAGUAUCGUUCGCGAAGCACUCGUCUCUCUUGGGGGCUCUAUUGAUGUCACCUCCGAGAAAAACUACGGCACAGAACUAUCAAUCGAGGUGCCUCUGAGCCUCGUACCUAUGCCGGAUAACACGUCAGAUGAUUCUUCGUCACAUUCAAGCGAACGUUACAAUUCAAUAAGGAAUCUGGCGCAAGGAAAGACCUUGUGCUUGAUAGGAUUCGGUUCAUCACUUGAGACAGAGCGGGAUAUCACUCUCUACAAGUCCCUGGAGCGUUUAUGUCGAGACUGGUUCCAUUUGACUGUCAAGGCGGUGACAGUUGACUCGGCGUUUCUACGUAGAGAAAACACCCCCUCUGAUUUCUACUUGAUGGUCCAAACAGGGCUUGAUAAUCCGGACUUCGAAGGCAACGAGCUGCUCAAUUCUGAUCGGCUUACCAACGGAGAACAAGGUGGUGUAUCGCCCUUGAUUGUCAUCUGCCAGUCUCCCGAAGCAGCACACAACAUGUCUGUGCGUGCAACGGGUCGAAAUCGGGAAUCAGCUGUUGAAUUUAUCAGUCAGCCAUGUGGACCGCGGAAACUAGCGAAAGCACUGGAUAUGUGUAUGCAUCGGCGAGAAGACCAAGCGUCUGAAGCGGGUGCCAAUGAACCCACUCGCUGGGUUGAGUUGCCAGAAUCUUCAUAUCUACCGCUUGAUAUUGGGCCAAGAGACCCGCCAGAUGAAAGAUUGAAAAUCAGCAAACGACCCACGGCAGGGGUGAUCGCAAACCGAGACAACGAAAACUGCAAAUCCGCCCCUAAAGGCCAAAUUGAGAACGAUACCUUGCCUUCAGAGGAGUCUUCACCACCCGAGAAUACCGUAACACAGCAGCCAGACAACAGCCAGCCGUCAGUAUUACUUGUUGAUGAUAACGAAGUGAACUUGAAACUCCUUGUCGCAUUUGUGAAGAAGGAAGGCUGGAGCUUUAUGACAGCAAGUAAUGGAUUAGAGGCUGUGAAGACGUACCAGGCCCAUCCGGGAAAAUUUGGAGCAAUUAUCACAGACAUUUCGAUGCCCAUCAUGGACGGUUUUGAAGCCACUCAGGAAAUUCGCCGUUUUGAAAGGGAAUAUUGGUCUAACAAUGCUUCAUCAAACCCGCCCCCUGGCAUCCGGCAACCAUUGCGGCGUUGA